GUUUCCUUAGGCCAUUUCAGCUGAACAAGUAAACUUCCUCUCGUCGUUAUGAUUUUCUUAGUCCACUUUAGCCUUUUCUUGCUGAUUCUUCAUUCAAAGAGUGCUUUAGCCUGUUUAGAUGGUAACUGCCGAAUAUUAGCAUUUCCAUCCUCGUUAUUCUUCGAGGGGGAACGUCUCGUUAACCACACCGUAGCAACCAUCAGUGUGAUUGACAGGGAUACGUGUGAGUUUCGUUGUUACUUGGAACACAACUGUGUCAGUAUCAACUUUAAUGUUCAACCGAAAGAGCCUGAGACAGAAAACUGUGAACUAAACAACUCAACCAGUCAAGAACAUGAGAAGGACCUGAUCAAGGCAGCAAAUUAUGUUUACCAUGGAACGAAUAAUGCUUGUGGUAAUUCACCUUGCAAGAACAAUGCAACCUGUCAAUCAGGUUUUACCAGUCAACGAUAUCGCUGCUUAUGCUCUCCCGGAUUUACUGGCCACAACUGUGAUCACGACAAGUGUAACAGCAAUCCAUGUCGGAACCAAGGAUCCUGUAAGGACGGUAAAUGCCAAUGUCAGCCUGGAUUUUCCGGAGAACUUUGCGAAAUAGAUAAGUGUAACAGCAAUCCAUGUGAGAACCAAGGAUCCUGUAUGGACGGUAAAUGCCAAUGUCGGCUUGGAUUUUCCGGAGAACUUUGCGAAAUAGAGGUAGAUAAGUGUAACAGCAAUACAUGUCAGAACCAAGGAUCCUGUAAGGACGGUAAAUGCCAAUGUCAGCCUGGAUUUUCCGGAGAACUUUGCGAAAUAGGUUUAACCGAUCAGUGUGACAGCAAUCCAUGUCAGAAUAACAGCAUCUGUGUUGGUGGUAAAUGCGAAUGCCUUCCCGGAUACUCUGGAGAAAACUGCAAAGAAGAUGUCGAUGAAUGUGCCAGAGGUGGACACUCUUGCCACAGUUCAGCCUCAUGUAUCAACACUAUUGGAUCCUACAUAUGUUCCUGUAACAAUUUUACAGCGGGAGAUGGAAAAACUUGCAGCCGAACAUCAGAGUGUCAAAACUAUAGGAAUCUGAUUAAUGGUAGCAGGAAGAUCACAUCCGGUUAUGGCCGGCACUGUGACCGGAGACUUUCCGGUUGGUAUCGUUUUAGUGGGGCAGCAGGCACAAGAAUGGCUACUUCAUGUCCGCCUUUUAAGAGAUGUGGCAGUACUGCAACCGGGUGGUUGAGAGGCCGACAUCCCGAAUUGGCUGAUGGACAGGUCCGCAGGUGGGUCUGCUUUCGCUGGUAUUCAUUCUGCUGUUGGUGGUCUCGGUUCAUCAGAGUGAGAAACUGCGGCGCCUAUUAUGUUUAUUACCUACGCGGCACACCCGCUUGCAACCUCCGUUACUGCAGCACUGACUAA